AUGAAAAAGCUUUCAAGUGCUCUCUCCACCAUCCAUGCUGUCCUCGAAGAUGCAGAGCAAAAACAACUGCAAGACAAAGCCAUACACACUUGGUCGAAAGAACUCAACGACGCAGCCUAUGAGGCAGACGACAUCUUGGAUGAGUGUGCAACCGAAGCACUCCGAUGCGAAUCUGAAGGCCAAGGAUCCCCCUCUGCUUCUCUUAAGAGGAAGGUACUCUCUUAUUUGCCAACUACUUAUGCCUCUCCCAAUAUUCUGUUUCGUUACAAUGUAGGGAAUAAAAUAAAAGAAAUUACAGACAAGUUUGAUGCGAUUUCUGCUAAUCGUAGUAAAUUUCACUUGAACGAGAAGCAAGUUGAAUAUGAUGUAAGCCGUGAAACCAGCUCCUCUAUAACUCAACCACAACUCUAUGAAAGAGACGAAGAUUAA